CUGCGCUCCUCUUCAGCCCGGCAUCUCUGCUGUUGACUCCUUCCUCCCCAGCUUCCAACCAUGUUGCGUCUCCCGGCUUCCUGCCUCCUCCUGGCCCUGGCGGCGUCCCUGGCCUACUCGGCGGUCAUCGUCGACAACGGCAUGCCCAUCAAGUGGUCUCAGACGGCCACCCAGGUGGCCGAGCUGUCCGUGCAGGACAAUGUUGUGACGCCCGACCCUUGGAACUUCCUGCACCGUAUGAGCUUCUACCGCUUGAUGAUCGUCGCUACUAAUCCCUUCAUGGGCUCCAUGGGGACCAACCCGACUGACAGUCCUAUUUGGGGUCUGCCUCUGCAGUUGGGAUGGAUGCAGACUUCAGGACGUCUCGCCGACCCGACCAGUGCCGCAAACGGCGGCCUGCAGACCGGAGACAACAUCUCGCCCAAUAGCUGGUGGGGCUGUGUGAACCACUUCACGUCCGUGCUGCCUUUCCUGUCCGCCGCCCAGCAGGGCAUGUUCGGAGAAGUAGUCCCGGUCCAGAUGCAGGCGCCUGAAGGUACAGAGGACUACUGCACCACCUACACCGACUGCGCAACUCGGCACUCCGAUGUCAUGGUUAAGUGGGACGCCUUCUUCCAGGGGCUGAAGGCCUCCAUUGACUCCACCCUGCCCAACAAUGAGAAGAAAGACGCCAUCCUCGGUCUCUACUGGGAGGCUCACAUGGCUUCACUGCACGCAUCUGCAGUCUGCAAUACCAAGCAGAACCUCUACUCCUCUGCUGAGAUCAACUUCGCCUCCAGCUGGCUUAACUCGGCCGAAUACGUGUCAGCCACCAACUUCCAGUCCAACCUGGAGAAGUCCAUCUUGUUCCUGUCACCGCUGCCGGGCCGCAUCCUGCAGGAGGGCGACAGCGCCCCCAACAUAGCCGACAUGACCCAGGAAGAGAACCACACUCUGUCUGUCUUCUCCUGGAUGAAGAACAUGAACACCAUGCUGGGGGGGUCCCUGGUGCGCAUGUGGCGUAGCGCCAUGUGCUCCGUGACCAACAGAGAGAAAGGCAGAGAGAUGCUGGAGCAGCUCAUGCUCAAUCCCAGCUUCGCUACCAGCACCUUCCUGUCCAUCAUCACCGGCAUGGCCACCAGCUGCUAAGGGACGGCAGGACGGGCCCGGAAGGGGGCCGGACGCUCCAUCAAGAAAAAAAACCCAAACAAAUCUACAUUGAGUAACAUGAUUGAGUCUGUUUGACUUCAAAAUGUACCAGGAUGCUGAGAUGGAAAACAGGUCAUUAAAACGGUUAAAAGUCAUCAAA